AAUAAUUCGUUUAUUAACUAGAUGAAUGUAACUAAAAUAGUUUGGAGGUCUGUUACUAAUCUAUACUGUGCAGCUAAAUGCUGUGUACAUGUCAGCAGAAGAUUAUACAGCGGUUUUUUGCCAGUUAAUGACACUAUGCUACAUUAUGAAAGACAGGGUACAGCUAAAGAAACGAUUUUAUGUAUACCAGGUGCACUUGGUUGUGCCAGGAGUGACUUUUCCUACCAAUUAGAUCACUUAUCUUCAGAUUUUACUGUUAUUGCUUUUGAUCCACGAGGAUAUGGUCAAUCACAGAAGCUAAAACGAGAUUUUCCACCUGAUUUUUAUCACAGAGAUGCUGCAGAUGGUGCUAUUCUUAUGAGAAAACUAGGAUUCCAAAAAUAUUCAGUUCUGGGAUGGAGUGAUGGUGGCAUAGCUGGGAUCAUUUUGUCCGCCCAAGAACAUGAAGCUGUCCAAAAGUUUGUGUUGUGGGGUUCAAAUGCUUUCGUGUGCAAUGAGGACAGGUUACUUGUAGAAAAAACUAGAGAUCUUGAUAAAUGGAGUGAAAGAAUGAAAAAGCCAUUGGAAGUCCUUUAUGGUAAAGAAGGAUUGACAGAGUUAUGGAACAAUUGGAUGGAUGCAUUUUUUAGGUUCAUUGACAAGCCUAAUGGCGAUAUAUGUAUAUCUGAAUUACAGGAAAUUCAAUGCCCUACCUUAAUCAUACAUGGAGCUAAAGAUUCCCUCGUGCCGACGAUUCACCCCGAGUUUAUUCACCGGAAUAUAAAAAAGUCGAAGCUGGUUAUUUGGCCGGAAGGAAAGCACAACUUGCAUAUGAGGUUUUUCAAAGAGUUCAACGAACUUGUCAAGUCUUUUCUCCUCGAAGAAUCUUGAAAUUUUGCUUAAAUUUGAAUAGAUGAAUAUGCUCAUAAAAUUUUAGAAAACGUUUUGCUUAAAUUAGGACAGGAAUACACGGUGAAAUAUGUCUUUAGAAACAUUUGAAA